CAGAGAGAUUUAAGGAACAGGAGCGGUUCACAUUGUUUUCCAGAACCCAGAAAACAAGGGGAAAAUGGCAACCUCCAAAAAAUAACAGCCAGCAAGGAGGCCUUAACAAAUUCCCCCCAAGAGCAACUGCGUGCUUUUCCCUUAUAAAAGACAGCCCCGUCGAUUAACGCAUAGUCCUCUGGAAUAAGAAAAGCAAGCAGGAACAAUGGCAAAGUCUGUUAUCUUCCUGGCGGCUUCUGCCCUUUGCUUCUUGUCCCUCCUUGGUUUCGCUUACUGCGACAGCCACUUCUCCGUGGAGGGCAAAGUUUACUGUGACACCUGCCGUACCCAAUUUGUAACAAGGAUCAGCACGUACAUGAAAGGUGCAAAGGUGCGGUUGCAGUGCAGGGAACGUGAAGGCGGUGUCAUAACAUACAGCUUAGAGUCGGAAACGGACGAGUCGGGAACGUACCACCUUGGGGUAGACGGCGAGCACGAAGAGGAGGUUUGCGAAAUUGUUCUGGUAAAGAGCAGCGAUCCCAACUGCAGCGAGGUCAGUAAGGAUCCUUUCCUAGACAAGAGUGCUAGGAUCAGCCUCACAAAGAACAAUGGCAUUACAUCCCCAGUACGCCUUGCCAAUCCUCUUGGCUUCAUGAGGAAGGAACGUCUUGAUGGUUGCGGGGAGGUCCUCAGAGAGCUCGGGAUGACAGCAGAAGACGAACAAUAAAGACCAUAAUUUCACAUCACUUUAAUUUGUUACCGAAUAAACCGAGUCCUUUCUUUUUUUCCUUUCACCUACUAUGAAAAUGUUGGGGUUUGGAUGAUUCAUUUCUAAUCAUGUUGUGUCUCCAACAUGUGUAUUAAUGUGCUUAUACUGGCUGAAUAUCUACAAGUAAUGGAUAAAGGAUAUAUUUAUAUAUCAAUGGUCUUCAAACCGUUUGAUCUCUCAUGAAAUUCAUCAUUUGUCCAGA